GGUUCGAUUAACACAAGAAAGCAAAGUCGAUCCCUAAUUAAAAUAGAGAAAUGGGAAGGUCUCCUACUCCAACAAGUAGGGAUGAAGAAAAUAACAUCAAGAAAGGCGCAUGGACCCCUGAAGAAGAUCAACAGCUUAUCACUUACAUCCAAACUCAUGGCGGCCAUGGAAGCUGGAGAUCCCUCCCUAAACAUGCUGGCCUUAAAAGAUGCGGGAAGAGUUGCCGAUUACGAUGGACAAACUAUCUUCGACCUGAUAUAAAGCGAGGAAAAUUCUCCAAAGAAGAAGAGAACACUAUUCUUCACCUUCAUUCCAUUGUUGGCAACAAAUGGUCGAUGAUUGCAACACGUUUACCAGGACGGACAGAUAAUGAAAUCAAGAACUACUGGAAUACCCAUAUGAAGAAGAAGCUAAUCCAUAUGGGUAUUGACCCGAUGACCCAUCAACCGCGGACCGACUUGUUUUCUUGCUUGCCUCAACUAGUAUCCCUUGCUUACAUCAAACAAAUUCUCGAACAUAAUCAAUUAGCUCAAAACCUUCAAUACUUGCUCCAAACAACCAAUUCGAUUCCUCAAUUACAACAACAAAACCAAGAUUUCAUUAACGAAUUUCCAGCCGAAUCAAAUCAAGAAAUCAUGACACAAUUUCUUUUGGGAAAAUAUUCUAGUGAAAUUACCCAACCACUCCAUGAUGUCUCAAUCAUGAAUUUACAAACAAGCAAUGAUAUGCAUAAAGUCGUGAGUCAGGACCAAGGCCAAUCAAGAUUCACCAGUGUCAAUUCCUCAUCAUCACCACUCACAUGGAGUUCUGUUCCGCCAUUGAUGGACACCAGCGCUUCACUUGACACUGGCAGCACCAUUAGCUACGCCGGAGAUGUCGGAGCUUCUUCGUAUAACUUGCCGGAGUUUCUGUUUGAAGACUCUUUCUUGGAUCAGAAUUUACCAGAAAUUUGUUAAAUAAUAAUAAUAAGUAGUACUGUAAUAUAAUACACUUAUGAAAGCUUUUUCUUUUGAGUGCAUAGCAGAUUAUAGCCAAAUUGCAAUUCAAGGUUGUACGGUACAACUUUUGUUGCAUGGAUGAUUGACAUAUGUAAUGUAGUUGUGGAGCUGCAUGCAUGGCUAUGCACGAACUCCAUUAGUUUGUUGUUUUUUUCUUUUCCAAUUUUCAUCCUGUGUACAUAUUCAUGUGUGAUAUAUCAUACAAUACUUAACUAGUGGUA